CUGGCUGCUUCACCGGGAGCCAGACAACAUAUGACGCCCCGCUCCAUGUGACUUUACUGGAGAAAUCGCGUUUGCUCAUUUUGAUGGAAAUUGUGCAAUUUUUAGACAGCGACACUAUUGCCCGUCCUUGUGUCUCCAGACGCACUGGUGUGGCUCAUUUAGCCGUGAUGACAUCACGAUGAGGACUGGGGACACUGGUCUUUAUACCCGAAACAAACCCAAAUACAGUCACUGUACAGUCGCACUACAAUUGAUUGACAGGCAACUAGCCUAGAUGUUUGAUUGGUGACCAAUAAUCGAUUCGCAGGAGCACGCGCAGGAUACUGUGAGGUGGAGAACUGACUGGGUUUCAUCUUGUUUACACAGAAAGCUAAACACACUGCUGAGCGGGGAAGGCGAGCCUCAUGAGUCGGCCUCGUGGAUUGCAUCGACAUAAUGGAUUUAUCUAAAAUGGGUAUGAUCCAGCUCCAGAACCCCAACCACCCCACUGGCCUUCUGCAGAAGGCCAACCAGAUGCGUCUGGCCGGGACUCUGUGUGACGUGGUCAUCAUGGUAGACAGCCAGGAGUUCCACGCUCACCGGACUGUGCUAGCCUGCACAAGCAAAAUGUUCGAGAUCCUCUUCCACCGCAGCAGCCAGCAUUACACCCUGGACUUUCUUUCACCAAAGACUUUUCAGCAGAUUUUGGAGUAUGCUUACACUGCCACGCUCCAGGCCAAGGUGGAGGACUUGGAUGACCUUCUGUAUGCAGCAGAGAUCCUGGAGAUUGAAUACUUGGAAGAGCAAUGCCUCAAGAUUCUGGAAACCAUCCAGUCCUCUGAUGAGAAUGACGUGGAGGUCAAUGUUAAUGACGGCAGCACAGAGGAGGAUGAUGAGCGCAAAGGCCACAAUGGAGCCAAGAACUCCAAAAAGCAUUCCAUGGAGAGUUCCUAUCUGACAGGAGCCCAGCAAGUCGCCAUUAUGGCUGGCAUGGUGGACCAGAGUCCCUCGGUCUCCACCUCGUUCGGUGUCUCCACCCUGAGUCCCACCAAAGCUGCUGUGGACAGCCUGAUGAGCAUUGGCCAGUCUCUGCUCCAGCAGGGCUUCGGAGCUGAACAACUUCUCCACGGCAACACCCACCACCUGAUGACUGAGAUCAAGACUGAAAUGAUGCAAGUGGACAUGGGUGGCAACGGCCAUGACAGCCCUCCCAACAUGGAGUCCAGUGCGUCCAGCAAUGGAGAGCGAAGUGGGGAAGACAGGAACCGAGACGGUCCAGGAACACCAACCAGAAGCAGCGUGAUCACCAGUGCCCGUGAGCUACAUUACAUCCGCGAUGACCCUCAAGUUGAUGUAAGCCAGAUGGGGCUGGAAGCAAUGGCCGGAAUGACGGAGAAACAUCUUGCCUCGCUUUACGCCCUACCUGUCAAUCAUAAAUCAGAUACCAUGAUGUCCAUGCCGGCAUCCAUGGCCUCCGCUCUCCCGAUGUCCCCAGCCCUGGCAAUGUCUAUGGACUUCAGUGCCUACGGGGCACUCCUGCCUCAGAGCUUCAUCCAGAGAGAAUUCUUCAGCAAGCUCGGGGAGCUGGCAGUGGGCUUGAAACCAGACGGCAGGAACCAGCAUGAACGUUGCAAUGUUUGCGGUGCAGAACUACCAGAUAACGACUCUGUGGAGCAGCACAGGAAGAUGCACAGUGGAAUGAAGACCUACGGCUGUGAGCUGUGUGGAAAGAGCUUCCUGGACAGUCUCCGUCUACGGAUGCAUUUGCUGUCUCAUUCAGCUGGUGAUAAGGCCAUAGUUUGUGACCAGUGUGGUGCCCAGUUCCAGACGGAGGAAUCCCUGGAGGCUCAUCGGAAGAUCCAUACCGGGUCAGACAUGGCCAUCUUCUGCCUGCUCUGUGGGAAGCGUUUCCAGACGCAGCCGGCACUGCAGCAGCACAUGGAAGUCCACGCUGGCGUUCGCAGCUACAUCUGCAGUGAAUGCAACCGGACUUUCCCCAGCCAUACUGCACUCAAGCGUCACCUACGCUCACACACAGCAGGGGACCAUCCGUACGAGUGCGAGUUCUGCGGGAGCUGCUUCCGAGAUGAGAGCACGAUGAAGGGCCACAAACGCAUCCACACCGGGGAGAAGCCCUAUGAAUGUAACGGCUGUGGGAAGAAGUUCAGCCUUAAGCACCAGCUGGAAACCCACUACCGUGUGCACACAGGUGAGAAGCCAUUCGAGUGCAAGCUGUGCCACCAGCGAUCCAGGGACUACUCGGCCAUGAUCAAGCACCUGCGCACCCACAACGGCGCCUCGCCCUACCAAUGCACCAUCUGCCUGGACUACUGCCCCAGCCUGUCAGCCAUGCAGAAGCACAUGAAAGGCCACAAGCCCGAAGACGUCCCCUCAGACUGGCGCAUAGAGAAGACCUAUCUGUACCUCUGCUAUGUCUGAGGCCGGGAGAGGGAAUUAAGAGAGGGGAGGGUACGUUUGAUGUAGUGGGUGGGGUUGAGAGGUAAGGGGAAUGUAAUGGAGCGGCUGAGGAGGCUCGGGUGGAGUGUUGACGAUUUAGGGAUGUCAACGGCAAGAGACCCGAAAGCAAGAGGGUUUGUUUUCUCUUUUUACUUUUCAUGCAAAGGCGGUGGCGACCAGCGGGGUCAAAGGGUGGUGAUGGUGGGACAAAAGUGCUAAGAAGAGGAAGACUUGGACACGGAGAGAGAGAUUCUCCACCAUAGUUCGGAUUCACCGGGUCAUUCACUACAUCUGCAACUGCAAACUCGUGUUUUUGUUUCAGGUCAUUUCAUGCAGCAGGCAAGAAAGUGACUUUUUAUGACGCUGCUGCGAGUGAGAGAGCAGAUUCUCCAGGGCUAUCUGAACCUGCACAGGCUCUUUCUGUUCUACUUGAUAUUGGUUUGUUUACAUAGUCAUAUUAGUUUUGAUCACAUGAACAAUAUGUGAAUAUGAGCAUCAGUUUAGACCCUCAGUUGUCUUUGAGAAGCCACAAACCUUCAUGUUCUGGUAGUAAUGAACCACAACACAGUUAUCUCGGAGGACGACUGAGACGUAUUUCCAACAGUUCCCCCAAACAAACUGAAUGAAACGUGCGCUCCACAGUUUGAGCUUGGGGUGAGAAUCCUUUCCAUCCCUAAUGGGACAUGAUAACCUGUCCGUACAUGAGAUCCUUCAGAUGCCCAGCGAUGGCAGAGAGAUAGCCCUGAGAAUCUGCAGCACAGCCUGUAGGCAUAUGCAGUAGUUGAAGCAGUUGAACUGGAUGGAUGGGAGCACUAAA